GUUGAAACACGGAAUGCAAUUGGUUCCUGGGGACGUCACAAUCGCGCCACUUCUCGCACCGCGACCGGGAGAAGUGCAGGCUGCUUGUGAAUGAACCCAGGUCUCCGGUGUUGCAAAAAGAAGAAACUUUAGUUAAAAACGGCACUUUUGCUCGUUUGUCCCUUGAAUUUUUGUAAUCGAAUUAUUUAACGUCUGCAGCCAUGGCUCGCAAGGAUUAUGCGGCAGAGAAAGAUAAGUGCAAAAGGUUCUUACAAGAGUUUUACACAGAGGACGAUAAUGGGAAGAAGGUGUUCAAAUAUGGAUCGCAACUUGUGGCUUUGGCCCACAGGGAGCAGGUGUCUGUCUUUGUCGACCUGGACGAUGUCGCAGAAGAAGACCCCGAGCUGGUUGAGAACAUCUGCGAGAACGCCAAACGCUACACGGGCCUGUUUGCAGACGCCGUCCACGAACUCCUGCCAGAGUACAAAGAAAGAGAUAUUGUGGCCAAAGACUCCCUGGAUGUGUACAUUGAGCACAGGCUGAUGAUGGAACAAAGGGGGCGUGACCCCGCAGACUCCAGAGACCCCCGUAACCAGUACCCACCUGAGCUCAUGAGGAGAUUUGAGCUGUAUUUUAAAUCCCCCUCUACCUCGAAGCCCAAGGUGGUCCGUGAUGUCCGGGCCGACAGCAUCGGCCAUUUGGUGGCCGUUCGGGGAAUAGUGACGCGAGCCACGGAGGUCAAACCGAUGAUGGCCGUGGCCACAUACACAUGUGACCAGUGUGGCGCCGAGACCUACCAACCAAUCCAGUCUCCCUCCUUCAUGCCUCUCAUCAUGUGUCCCAGCCAAGAGUGCGUCACCAACAAAUCUGGAGGACGCCUCUACUUACAGACCAGAGGCUCCAAAUUUGUCAAGUUCCAGGAGCUGCGCAUUCAGGAACACAGCGACCAGGUUCCAGUUGGAAACAUCCCCAGAAGUAUGACGGUGUACGCGCGCGGCGAGAACACACGUCUGUCCCAGCCGGGUGACCACGUGGCCAUCACGGGCGUGUUCCUGCCCCUGCUGCGGGCCGGCUACAGCCAGACCGUCCAGGGCCUUCUGUCGGAGACCUAUCUGGAAGCUCACAGCAUCACCCUCAUGAACAAGACGGAGGACGACGAGCUGGGCAACGAGGAUCUGACCGACGAGGAGCUGCGCAGCAUCACGGAGGAGGGCUUCUACGAGAAGCUAGCCGGCUCAAUAGCGCCAGAGAUCUACGGACAUGAAGAUGUGAAGAAGGCCCUGCUGCUGCUGCUGGUGGGAGGAGUGCAGCAGGCUCCCAAAGGCAUGAAGAUCAGAGGCAACAUAAAUAUCUGCUUGAUGGGAGACCCGGGAGUGGCCAAGUCCCAGCUUCUGUCUUACAUUGACCGCCUGGCUCCCCGAAGCCAGUACACGACAGGCCGCGGCUCGUCCGGCGUCGGCCUGACCGCCGCCGUGAUGCGCGACCCCCUGACCGGGGAGAUGACCCUGGAAGGCGGGGCCCUGGUGCUGGCCGACCAGGGCGUCUGCUGCAUCGACGAGUUUGACAAGAUGGCGGACGCCGACAGGACGGCCAUCCACGAAGUGAUGGAGCAGCAGACCAUCUCCAUCGCCAAGGCGGGCAUCAUGACCUCCCUCAACGCGCGCUGCUCCAUCCUGGCCGCCGCCAACCCGGCCUACGGCCGCUACAACCCGCGCAAGAGCAUCGAGCAGAACAUCCAGCUGCCCGCCGCCCUGCUCUCCCGCUUCGACCUGCUGUGGCUCAUCCAGGACAAGCCGGACGCCGACGCCGACCUGCGGCUGGCGCAGCACAUCACCUACGUGCACCAGCACUGCCGCCAGCCGCCCACCCACUUCACGCCCAUCGACAUGAAGCUGAUGAGGCGCUACAUCGCUCUGUGCAAGAAGCGCCAGCCGGUCGUGCCCGAGUCGCUGGCGGACUACAUCACCGCCGCGUACGUGGAGAUGAGGAAAGAGGCCCGGGUCAGCAAGGACACCACCUUCACCUCGGCCCGCACCCUCCUGUCCAUCCUGCGCCUCUCCACCGCCCUGGCCCGACUGCGCAUGAUGGACACGGUGGAGAAGGAGGACGUCAACGAGGCCAUGAGGCUGAUGGAGAUGUCCAAGGAUUCCCUUCAAGCCGACAAGUCCAGCACAGCCAGGACCCAGCGUCCCUCCGACGUCAUCUUCUCUCUGGUGCGUGAGCUGGCCUCUGAGGGCGCGGCGGGCCGCGGGGGGGCCGGCGGCGUGGUCCGCAUGGCCGAGGCCGAGCAGCGCUGCGUGUCCCGGGGCUUCACGCCCGCCCAGUUCCAGGAGGCGCUGGAGGAGUACGAGGAGCUGAACGUGUGGCAGGUCAACCAGGCCCGCAGCCGCAUCACCUUCGUCUGAAGACUUCCUCCUUCAUCCAGCGUUUCCUGACACGAGUCGGGGCAGAACAGACUUCCCUUCAAAGCGCGACUCUCGUGGAAGAAUUCCAGCUGUUGGAGAUUCCCGUUAUCCGGUCAAUUUCUUUGUAAAUAUGUAUGUCAGAACAACGUAUUGUUGCAUAAUCUCCGGCUUAGUGCUGAAAGUAUCCACGGACAUUGAGCACUCUGUACAUUUUAUACUUUAAUGCAAAUCAGUGCAGUCGAUGUUUCGCCCUGUGAUAGUUCUAAUAAAAGGUUCAGUGCUUUGCAUGGCUUUUA